AUGCAGAAAUCUGCGACAGAAGAAGAGAUCAUCGAGCUCGAGUCGCGCCUAGGACGACAGCCGCGCCUUAGCGACUACCAAAAUGCACAAGGGUUCGCGACACAGAUUGAACCCUAUGCUACACCUCUCCUUCCUGAGGGCUCUUUGCCGCAAGACUACAAGGACUUCCUUCGCGUCACCAACGGCUUUUAUCUUUCUAGCCCAGACGACCCAGGAAGUCUUUUCUACGGUACCGAAGCAAUUGAUGCUUCUGACGAUCAACUCUGGACCCACGACCUGGACUUUUCCCUCUUUCCUUCCAAUAUGACAACUUUCUCAGGCGAUGAGAUUGAGAUGGGCGAGUUCACGGGUUUCUCCGUCGGUGCAGGCGGCGACGAGGGUCAGGCACUACUCAUCCCACGCUCAUCCAUAGAGCCUAUGCUUGAGAGAUCCGAGAAGGCGUAUGCAUCGGCCGAUGCGCGGGGCAAGAGAGAGUACGAGCGAGGUGCCUUGGAUAUAUAUGGCGGGAUUGAACAGCUAAGGAAUAUGGAGUGGCUAUGCGUUGAGUCAUUCCACUGGGACCCCGAGCCAACCAUCUUCAAUGGGUUCCGGCAGUACCUGGAAUACUGUGUCGAUAGAGCUGUAAAGGAGGCAGAUCGCAUACAUGACAGGAGGGAGGAGAAGGCAGAGCAGGAACGGAGAUCUAAAAACGAAGCAGAUAUCCGGGGAAAGAGAAAGCGUGGCCAAGGCGAGACCGAAGCUUCAACCACCUACGGCCCGCACGCGCACGCUACAGACAACGACCGCGCAUCAUCCCGUUAUGAUCUUCGCGAUAGGAAGUUUCAGCGGACUUGA